UUUAUUGCGUCCCGUCAUACCCGGCGGAAGUAAACCGCCAUCUUGUUUAUUUUCUUGACAAUGAGGUAGAAUUUGCCGUGAAAAGAACACAAGAUAUUAAUUGUGUGAUCUUUUAUCGGUGAGCAUUAAAACAAAUUUGCUGACUUCUUUUUGGUUUGUUAAUCCGGUGUUCGGAUGUUGAUGCCUUCCCCUUGUAGGGGGGUUGACACCAGCAGACAUUGGGCGAAUAGCGAGCAAGUAUUUUAAAGUGAGUGUGUCUGGAAAGAAUUUGGCAACUGGUUCGGGAAAAGAGAGAACUGUAAACUUUAAAGAAAAUUUUAAAUCAAAGAAAGUAAAAGAAAACUUCUAUAGUCCUGUAUCUAAUAUGAACCAUUUAAAUCAAGUUUCUUAUGAUAAAAACUGUCACCUUUCAGAAUCGGAAGAAAUGGACACUCGUGAAGAUGAGACUGGCACUGUUCAAGUUGAUGGAAGUGGUGAAGAAAGAUAUAUAAAUGGUGAUAUUACUGAGAACAGUGUAGGAAAUCAAGAAGAAGCAAUGGAAGAAGAAGAUGAAGCUCGCUCUGAAGCCACCUUAAGAUUUGUUGUAAAUAACUUCAGCAAAUUAAGGGAGACUGCCUUGAGUCCUCCAACUUAUGUCAGAAAUUUACCAUGGAAAAUCAUGGUUAUGCCACGUACGACUCAUCAGCAGGACAGAUCUCCAACCAGAAGUUUAGGAUUCUUUUUGCAGUGUAAUGGGGAAUCAGAAUCCACAACAUGGUCUUGUAAUGCUGUUGCUGAGUUGAGACUCAUUACACAGAAAGAAGGUGUUGAAAGUUUUUCAAGAAAAAUUCAGCACCUCUUCUAUAGUAAAGAAAAUGAUUGGGGUUUUAGUCAUUUUAUGUCAUGGGCGGAAGUAUGUGAUCCCGAAAAAGGUUUUAUUAAAGAUGAUAGUGUUAUCUUUGAAGUAACUGUUACUGCUGAUGCUCCUCAUGGUGUUAGUUGGGACUCAAAGAAACACACUGGCUAUGUUGGUUUGAAAAAUCAAGGUGCUACAUGUUAUAUGAACUCAUUGCUCCAAACAUUAUUUUUUACUAAUAAACUUCGAAAGGCAGUUUAUCAAAUUCCUACUGAAAGUGACGAUUCUUCAAAAAGUGUUGCUUUAGCUUUACAGAGAGUUUUUUAUGAACUUCAAUUUUCUGAUAGGCCUGUCGGAACUAAAAAGUUAACAAAAUCAUUUGGUUGGGAAACUUUAGACUCCUUCAUGCAGCAUGAUGUUCAGGAACUAUGCAGAGUGCUUUUAGAUAACAUGGAGAGUAAAAUGAAAGAAACUUGUGUUGAAGGCACAAUACCAAGGCUUUUUGAAGGGAAAAUGACUUCUUUUCUUCGAUGUAAGCAUGUAAAUUAUACAUCUAGUCGUAAAGAGCCUUUCUACGACAUCCAGCUGAAUGUUAAAGGAAAGAAAACAAUAAUAGAAUCUUUUAAAGACUAUUGUGCUACCGAAACUCUUGAUGGGGAAAAUAAAUAUGAUGCCGGGGAAUAUGGCUUGCAGGAAGCUGAAAAGGGAAUUUUCUUCUCUUCUUUACCACCAGUAUUACAUCUGCAUCUGUUGAGGUUUCAGUAUGAUCCUAUGACUGAUCAAAAUAUAAAAAUUAAUGAUAGGUUUGAAUUUCCAGAACAGCUGAAUUUAGAAGAAUUUUUAAAAAGUGAUGAAGACACUGGACCGCCUAUCUACACUUUGCAUGCUGUGUUAGUUCACAGUGGCGAUAAUCAUGGCGGACAUUAUGUAGUGUUUAUAAAUCCGAAAGGCGAUGGAAAGUGGUGUAAAUUUGAUGAUGAUGUUGUGUCUCGCUGUUCUAAACAAGAAGCUGUUGAUCAUAAUUUUGGUGGCCAAGAAGAAGAUUUAACUGUCAAACAUUGUACAAAUGCUUAUAUGUUAGUGUAUAUAAAAGAUAGUGCAAUAACUGAUGUGUUGCAACCAGUUACAGAGCAAGAUAUACCAGAUCAAUUAGUAGACAGACUCCAAGAAGAAAGGCGACAAGAGGCUUUACGGAGAAAAGAGCGAAAUGAAGCCCAUUUGUAUAUGAAUGUACAAAUAGUUACAUCUGAUAAUUUUUGUGGUCAUCAAGGAACAGAUUUAUAUGAUCCUGAUAAAGUAAAUUAUAGAUGCUUUAAAAUUAAAAAGUUAUGUACCUUACGAACUUUCAUGGAGAUUCUAUCUGAACAAAUGAAAUAUCCAAUCAAUAUGAUAAGGCCAUGGCCCUUAAUUUACCGAACGAAUCAAACUUGCAGACCUGUAGCAAUAGAUACUGAAACUGAAGGCAGUAAACCAAUAAUAGAUAUGGCUGAUAGCACUAGUCCAUGGACAGUUUUCUUAGAAACUGUUGAACCAGAUUCUGGAAUGCUUUCUAUACCAGAAUUUGACAAAGAUACUGAUGUCCUUUUGUUUUUCAAACUGUAUGAUCCAAGAAAUAAAAGAAUGUCUUAUUGUGGUCAUACAUAUAUGUCAAUAAAUUCCAAAGCUAGAGCUCUAAUACCAAUUUUGAAUGAAAGAGCUGGCUUUCCAGAAGAUACUGAACUUCUUUUGUUUGAGGAAGUAAAGCCAAAUGUAGUAGAACGUAUUGAAAAUAUAGAUAUGCCAUUAGAAAAAGUUCUAGAUGAGCUAAUGGAUGGUGAUAUAAUUGUUUUCCAAAGGGCAGAUUUGAACUUUGCCGAUUAUGAAUUGCCAACAGCUAAGGAGUAUUUUCGUGAUCUUUUUCAUCGAGUUGAAGUUAUUUUCUGUGAUAAAACUAUUUCUAACGACCCAGGCUUUACUGUAGAACUUUCCUUGAAAAUGAAUUAUGAUCAGAUGGCUCAUGCUGUUGCAACAAAACUCAAUACAGAUCCCUAUCUCUUACAGUUUUUCAAAGCUAUAAAUUACAGAGAUGGUCCAGGCGCUCCACUUCGAUGUACUUAUGAAGGAACUUUGAAAGAACUCUUGGUUCCAGUAAAAGCUAGGCAACCCAAAAAAAUGUAUUAUCAACAGCUUAAUAUUAAAGUUAGUGAAUUAGAGAACAAAAAGCAAUUCAAGUGCACGUGGGUGAAUAGCAAACUGAAAGAAGAGAAAGAACUAGUUUUGUAUCCACCCAAAAAUGGUACAGUUGCUGAUCUAUUGGAAGAAGCCAAAAAACAAGUAGAACUCUCAGAAAAUGGCUCUGGGAGACUCAGGUUAUUAGAUAUAAUUAGUUAUAAAAUAUUUUCUGUAUUACGAGAAGAUAUGACUUUAGAAUCAUUAACUAAUGCAAAUACGAAAUGCUUAAGAAUAGAAGAGAUACCAGCUGAUGAAAUUGGUCUUGCUGAAGAUGAAUUAUUGAUACCUGUUGCUCAUUACCAAAAGGAAGUAUUUUCAUCGUUUGGAGUUCCUUUUCUUCUAAAAAUAAAACAUGGAGAGCCUUUUUCUAAAGUAAAAGAAAGGAUACAAAAGAAAUUAGAAGUUCCUGAUAAAGAAUUUGAAAGGUAUAAAUUUGCUAUCAUUGUGAUGGGUAGGCAGCAGCCCAUUCAAGAUGAUGUAGACUCAAUAAAUUUACCCGAUUUUAUACCUCAUCCUCAGAGUGGUAAUGCAGUUCAGCCAAAACCCUGGUUAGGAUUAGAACAUGUAAAUAAAGCUCCAAAGCGAUCAAGAUAUAAUUACUUGGAAAAGGCAAUCAAAAUUCAUAACUGACAGUGGCAUUGUAAUUAUUUAGAAUCAUUAUUGCAACAGCUUUUUCCAGUUAUGCAGCUGUUUCGAGCUGUAUUUUUCUGCUGGUCAAGUGUGCAUUCAGUCUUUCAUCAUUGUACAAACAUUUUGCAGUCUGCGUUCCUUCCCACAUUUUGUAGUGUAUGACAAGUUUUCUCCAAAAUAAAGUUAUUUGUAUGAGAUUGAAACAAGUUAUGCUGUUUAAAAUGAUUGAAUUACAGACAAUUAUACGUUAGACAUUCAGGGGCCUUUGUUUAUUCAGAGCUGUAUAUGUCUAGUGUUGUAUGUGGCAACAUAAUUGUCCAGGAACUAUGCCCAUUGCACUGUUAAACUUUUAUAUAAAUAAAUAAAUAAAUUAAAAUCACUUAUUGAGGAAUUUUCUUGCCUGGUAAUAAAAGGUUGCAGCUGGCCAAGUUUUCAUCCAACGUUGGCACUUUGUACGACUGGAACUGCACUUCAAUUUCUACUGUUAAUAUACAUACUCGUAUGUAUACGAGCAUGGCUCAAAUUAGGUGUUAAAUAAAUAACCUUAAAAAUAUUUCAACUCUAUUUUCUCAACAAGAACUUCCGACUAUGAUUUUAAGAACAAUGCAAUGGCUGUCGAUGAAGCUAUCCUCCGAUUGGACAACAGGAUGGGCAGUUUAGCAGAAUUAUAGUACCAGUGGUUGUAACUGUAACUGUUGAUAUUUGAUCACCUGCUUUAUUCCUGAACGUGGUGUACAAAUUUAAGGAAAAAUAAUUUUAAAGAAAAAUGGCUGCUGCUGCUGCAAAGAUAAAACUGAGACUGUUUAUUAAGAUUUGUGUGUUUUAAGGACUUGAAUUGCCUUUCUAGCGUGUUAAUUUAUUUUUGCUUUAAUUUUAGCUUUUUUCCCUUGAUGCAAGCCUUUUGUACUUUGUGUUGAGUUUGAAAAUAAUACUUUUUUUUUUUAUUUAAGAAAUUAAAUAUGAGUAACAACAUAAUUCAUGUUUUCUUUUUUAAAUUAACUUUUAUUGAUAUGAUUUUUUAUUGUAAAAAUUUGAAGAAAAUUACUUUGUUAAUUAAUAUUGGAGUGCUUUAAUUUCCAUUGCAAAUUUUAAAAAAAGUGCAGAAAAUUGUAUUAUUUUAUAAAUUUUACAUUAUUUUUACUAAUUAUUGCUUGAUGUGUGAUUAUUGUAAUUUCUUGAAAUUGUUAAAAGUUUAGAGUUUUGAUCACUAUGCAAAUAAAAGUGAGGUUAUUUUAGAUGUCCUCACUUGAUCUGUGAUGAUAUUGAUGGAAAUAUUAUAUUGGCUUGUUUUCACCUACAAAGUGUCUUAAAAUUUAUAGGAGUUACUAAUUUUCAAAACUAUGAUGACAAGUUUUUUAUCAUGUGUUUUUAAUAAUUUUCAUGAUUUGCAUUCCAUGCAGAUUAUUUUCUAUAUACUGUUUACUAUUUUCAGAAUGCAUGGUUUGUAAUUUGUAUGUUUUCUUUUUUUUCUUUCGUUCCUUCAAAAUUCAUUUUUUCAGUUCUAAGUCCACACACAGUGUCAAUAAAAGUAAUUCAAAAUUU